AUGUCCAUGACGGUAUCUGACUCCACGCAAAUCCGGGACGGCUUCCCACGACCGUUCCCGGAUACUCCUGCGAAUGUACUGGAGCAGUUUAAGCUGAACGGCAAGGUUGUUGUUGUAACGGGCGCAGCGGAUGGUAUUGGUCUUGCUGUUGCUGAGGCUAUGGCUGAGGCUGGGGCCCAUGUCGCUUUGUGGUAUAAUUCAAAUGAUGCAGCUAUUAAGAGGGGUGAAGAGUUGGCGAAGGAUCAUGGAGUUAGGACUGUUGCUUAUAAGGUUGAUGUAUCGAACCCCGAGGAGGUCCAGAAGGCCGUGGCGGAUGUUGUGAGGGAUUUUGAGAGGAUUGAUGUCUUCGUUGCUAACGCUGGAAUGGCUAUCUCCAAACCGAUCCUGGAACAGACGCUGGAUGAAUACAGGAAGCAGAUGUCUGUUAAUGUGGACGGAGUUGUCGCCUGCGCAAAAUAUGCAGGCGAAGUAUUCCAACGUCAAGGUUCUGGAAACCUGAUCAUCACGUCAAGUAUGAGCGCACAUAUCGUAAAUGUGCCCACCGACCAACCCGUCUACAAUGGAUCCAAGGCCUUUGUGACCCAGUUCGGUAAGUCGCUUGCUCGUGAAUGGCGGGAUUUUGCACGGGUAAACAUUGUCUCUCCGGGUUUCUUUGAAACGAAAAUGGGUGCAAGCCCGCUUGCUCUGAACGAGGCGUACCGGAUGGCAGUGCUUGGCAGGCAGGGGCAUGUGAAGGAGAUUAAGGGUCUUUAUCUCUAUCUGGCCAGUGAUGCGUCGACGUAUAUGACUGGUAGUGAUGUGUUAAUUGAUGGUGGCUAUGUACUUCCUUAA